AGAAACUUCCAAAGAUUUCUUGUAAAGAUGUCAACUCUAUCUGUCUUCUUAGCAUUUGUCCUUGUAUCAACUGUACAAGGUUAUAUCUUGACCAGAGAUUGCCCAAAAGGAUGGGUAUUAUAUCGUUGGAAUUGCUACCUAUUUUCCGAAGAAAAAGUAAAUUUCAAGCAGGCAAUGAUAAAAUGUGCGGAAGCAACAGGAGACGGUCGACUUGUUCAAGUACAUGAUGAAGAGGAAGAAGAAUGGCUCCAACUUCAGUUUAUGCUGAGAGGAAUGGAACGUGUAUGGAUGGGCGUUUCGGACAUAAUAAAGGAGAAUAAGUUUCUCAAACUCUCCAACGCUGAAAACAUUCAAUUCAACAACUGGGGUUCAGGAGAACCAAAUAAUUCCGGUAAGGAGCAUUGUGUUGAAUGGAAGGAUGGCAAAUGGAAUGACCUGUCAUGUGAAUCAAAGAACGGGUUUGCUUGUGAACGACCGUUAUUCAUGUAGAUUAAUACAGAACAUGCAAAACAAAUUCUGAGAGCGAAAUUGUAAAUGUACAAAAAGAAAUAAAUAAAUUCCAAUGCAUCGAU